AUGGACAGGAAAGGUCUGUUGCCCCUGUCUGAGAGAAAAACACAGUCCAGUGUGGGCCACGUCAACAGGAAAGGUUUGUCACACUUGGGUGAGAGUGGUGUGCAGUCCAGCACAGGGCACACCCCAGCAAACCAGCAAUAUGCUUUGGGGGCAACUGAAUCCAUGGCAGCAGUGGUGGUUUCCAGAACUCAGCUCCCAGAUGAGCUCUUCAUCCUCAAUGCUGCCCAGUCUGCCCUGCCUCUGCACAUGGCCCCGCUGCUGCUCGCUGCAGCCGGCUUCCACGCGGCACCCAUGGCUGCUGACCGUGUGGUCUCCUUCAUGGACCAGAUCCGGGUCUUUCAGGAGCAGGUGGACAAGCUCAACCGGCUGCAGGUGGACUCUGCAGAGUACAGUUGUCUCAAGGCCAUCGCCCUCUUCACACCAGAUGCCUGUGGCCUCUCGGACCCAGCUCACAUGGAGAGCCUGCAGAAGAAGGCACAGGUGGCCCUGACGGAAUACGUGCGUGCUCAGUACCCCUCUCAGCCUCAGCGAUUUGGCCGCCUGCUCCUCCGGCUGCCUGCCCUGAGGGCCGUGCCCGCUGCCCUCAUCUCCCAGCUCUUCUUCAUGUUCCUCGUGGGCAAGACGCCUAUUCAGACACUCAUCCUGGACAUGCUGCUGUCUGGCAGCACCUUCAACUGGCCCUAUGCCGCUGUGCAGUAG